AAGUACUCCAUGACACAUACUCGGAGGAAGUCCCUUCCCAUGCUGAAUUCAGGCCCCACUGGCCACCGAGAGCCCCUGCAGAUGGAAGACAGCAACAUGGAGCAAGGGGCUGAGGGUGUGGAGCCAGGCAUGCCUGAGAGCCCGGGGCACCCUGCAGGGCGCCGCAAGAACUACCCACUGCGUAAGCGCCCACUGGUUCCCGAGAAGCCCAAGGCCUGCAAAGUGCUGCUGACCCGCCUAGAGAAUGUGGCCGGUCCCCAGAGUGCAGAUGAAGCUGACGAGCUGCCCCCUGACCUGCCUAAGCCCCCCAGCCCAACCCCAUCCAGCGAGGACCCUGGCCUCGCCCAGCCCCGCAAGCGGCGCCUGGCUUCCCUCAAUGCCGAGGCCGUCAACAACCUGCUGCUGGAACGGGAGGACACCAGCAGCCUGGCAGGCGCCCGCCGCAGUCGAGGGGGAGACCCCCACCGCAGCCGGGACCGCGACCGGGCCGCUGGGGGCUGGUCUAAUUCCAAGAAGCGGCCCCGGCUGGCGGACCUCGGAGGAGGAAGUCGAGACCUGUCCCCAGAGGCAGCACCGGAUGAAGGUGCCCGCCGAGAUGGAGACCCAGCUCCCAAGAGACUGGCUAGCCUCAAUGCAGCUGCCUUCCUGAAGCUGAGCCAGGAGCGGGAGCUACCCCUACGGCCGCCUCGUGCCCACGCAGAAGCAGAUGGGCGCUCCACUGAGCCCCUGGCACCCAAGGCCCUGAGGCCAAAGUGGGCCAAAGUGAAUACCAAGAACUAUUUCAAGGCUCGGCAGGGGACUGGCUCUGCGGAGGCUACAGGGCCACCUGGCUGGCAAGGGCGCCCUGAUGAGCCAUGGCCAUCUGCCACACCUCGUGGGUCAUCCGGCCAGCCACCUUACCAACCCCUGAGCAAGGCCCUGGAGAGCCCCUUGCGGCUGCGCCCCCACCUGCCCCUACUGAUGGGUGGGCAAGCAGCCCUGAAGCCAGAGCCUGGGCGCCCAGGCGAGGAGUCACCUGCCCCCAAGCAGGAACUGCAUCAGCCUUCUUUCCCCACACCUCAGCUGUCCCCCCUGCCGAUGCCUGGCAACCCUGCCGACUACAGUGGCCUGUGUGUUAGGCCUGAGCUCCCUGCAGGCAACUUUUACCUGUACUGUGGCCAAGAUGGGCUGCAGUGUGGGGGCUACUCCCCCUGCCCCAUGCUCCCAGAGGGCAAGCUGUCCCCAAUAGCUGCACCUAACGAGGGGCUCCUCCUGGCCCCGAGCUCAGUGCCCUCAGGCACCCCUUUUCAGCACCCUCCCUGGGGCUCCUCUCGCUACUGCUCUAGCGAGGACACUGGAGUAAAUGGCUACAGCAUCUGUGGAGUGUUGCCCCUGUCCCUCACCCACGUUGGAACUACCUGUGGUGGCUGCCCCUACAAAAUGCCUUUUGCAGCAGAAGGCUGCAGGUCCCUAGGCCAGCUGGAAUUUCCUCUCCCAGAAGCUGGACACCCUGCCUCACCUGCCCACCCCCUCCUGGGAUGCCCUGUACCCAGCGUGCCACCUGCAGCAGAGCCUGUCCCCCAUCUUCAGACACCCACCUCAGAGCCUCAAACAGUAGCCCGCGCAUGCCCUCAGAGCGCCAAGCCUCCCAGCGGGUCCAAGUCAGGUCUGCGCACAGGCUCUGGCUGCAGGCACACUGCAAGGAGCAAGGCUGCCCGCAGGCCCAGCCACCCCAAGCAGCCACGUGUCCAGCGCCCACGCCCUCGCCGCCGCCGCCGCCGCCGCACUAAUGGCUGGGUGCCUGUUGGGGCUGCCUGUGAGAAGGCCGUGUAUGUCUUGGAUGAGCCGGAACCAGCCAUCCGAAAGAGCUACCAGGCGGUAGAACGGCAUGGAGAGACAAUCCGAGUCCGGGACACUGUCCUCCUCAAGUCAGGCCCGCGAAAGACAUCCACACCUUAUGUGGCCAAGAUCUCUGCCCUCUGGGAGAACCCUGAGUCAGGAGAGCUGAUGAUGAGCCUCCUGUGGUAUUACAGACCUGAGCACUUACAGGGAGGUCGCAGUCCCAGCAUGCACGAGCCUUUGCAGAAUGAAGUCUUUGCGUCACGGCAUCAGGACCAGAACAGUGUGGCCUGCAUUGAGGAGAAGUGCUAUGUGCUGACCUUUGCUGAGUACUGCAGAUUCUGUGCCAUGGCCAAGCGCCGAGGUGAGGGCCUCCCCAGCCGGAAGACAGCACUGGUGCCCCCCUCUGCAGACUACUCCACCCCGCCACACCGCACAGUGCCCGAGGACACGGACCCUGAGCUGGUGUUCCUUUGCCGCCAUGUGUAUGACUUCCGCCAUGGCCGCAUCCUCAAGAACCCCCAGUAGCCUCCUCACGCCCACACUGGGGCUCCCCACGGGCAGAUGGGGCUUGGGGGAGGGGGCACUGCUUGAAGCACAGCACUUGGUUAAGGGGCCACAGGAGCCUGUGGUUGCUGGCCUGUGGUUCUCUUGGUGGGGGGAAGGUCAGGGGCCCCUAUGGGUUCUGGGCCCUAUGGGAGGGAAGGGGAGGCGGUGUAUAAGAAAAGCAUCAGAGCCCUCAGCUUGGCCCAGGGUACCUGUCUGUGGUCCCCUGGGUGGAGACUCAAAGAAGCAGUCUUCCCCGGGGCUGGGCCAAGCCUGAGGGACGUGGGGCCAUUGGAGGGGAAGGGGUAGAAGGAGAGGCAAGAUCCUUCAGGAACCAGGCCCAACAGGCCCUCUAGAGCCUCCCCCAAGCCCUCUAAGGGGGAAUGGGAGCCAGCUUUACCUCACCCACUGUGACCCGCUGCUUCCCCUCUGCCUGGGACCAGGCUCUCCCAGAUUCUAGCACAGCUCUGAGCUUGUUCCUUUGAGGCAUAGAGAGCCAGAGUCUGGCUUCCAGAGCAUAGACUUCCUCUUCCUGAACUCGAGGCCUUUCUCUGGCUUUCCUUCUUUGCCCUUGCAGUAGCCACUGGUGCUGGGACAAGUCUGCCCUGACAGUUGUAGGUGUGGCCCACUCAUGGGAGUCAGUCUCCUGUCCACCUCCCAGAGAGGGCCACCCAGCAGGCCUGGCUUCCCAGAAAGUAAACUGAUCAACGUGGGGUUUGUCACAUCUGGGAGAGCAGAUGGGUGCUGGGAGAGGGUGGGGGGCAGGGGACAAGGAAAAUUGCUACCUGAUUUAUUGAAGAUUUUUCCUCUUGCCUUACUCUUGGAGGUUCUAGGAAACCUCUUGCAGAACUUCACACAUGACUCUUCAAGCCACACCCACCUGAAAUCAAACCAAAGGAGUGCUGUGGCUCCCCUUGCCCUGCCACCCUUUACCUAGUCUUUUGUAGAUUGCACUAAUUUACAUCCCAGCGGAGAAUCAACACUGUAUCAGUCCACAGACCUGCUGAGCUGCAGCCACUCACUCUAGGAGCUAAGGACCUGCAUUUUCAGUUUGUUCCUGUUGCCCAGAGGCCCUGUUCUCACCUCAUGCUGCUCCCCAGAGUAGAUUAAGAGGCUCAGCCCCCUGUUGUCCUUGCCUGGACUAGGCCCUGGCCUUGGGACUCUUUGUGAGGGGGCUGGAGCAGCCUGGUUCUUUCCUAUUUGUACCAAAGAGGAGCAUGGUGGGGAGGGAGUGGAGUGCAUUGUGGCUUGGUCCUGGCGCUGGGAACCUGCUAGCCGAGCACUUCCGCAAGGGCAUACCCCCAGGGGCAGCAGCCAAAAAGGUCAGCAGUGGGUCCUCCCAGGGGCUGCGGAGGGAGGUGGACGUGAAUCCUGACCUCUCCCCGGCAAACCCGCAUGCCCUGUCCUUUCCCUUAGAAGAUGACUUGCUCCUGAUUGGUCAUUAGGCUUGGGUACAGCCUGGAGGCUUCAGAGGUGAAUUUAUGCUUGGGAAGCCUGGUCCCAAACCCGAAGGGAAGGGACUUGGGUCUCCUUGUAUUGAAUAAGCUGUUUGGGGGGAGGUGUCUGUGUGGGAGGACAGGGCAGUCAUUAAGAGAGGUUGGCAGAGUGGCAGCAGGGGCUCUGGAGAGCCAGCCUUGGAGCCUGCUCAUUCCCAGGGUGCUGGGCCCUUGCUGCCAAGGAGCCCAGCCUCGCCCAGCAGGAGAGGAGAUCAAGGCCCCUCCUCCCAGGAGGUAGGGGCUGCUGCCCAGAAUUUAAAUGCUUUUGAAAUCUCUUAGAUGUGGAAAUAUUUUUUCGAACCUGAAAAUGCAGCUGGUAGAAUUUCAAUGGAAGCAUAAUCCAUGUAAAAUAUAUUUUAGUUGAUAUUUUGUAAAAUGCACUUUUUGUGUGUGUCGAUCUUGGUUUCCCAGAUCUGUAUUUCAGUGUUUACAAGGGAGGGAGCACCUUUCCUCACCUCCCUUUUGACAGAGAUAGAAGUACUUCUUUAAGAAAAAAAUAAAUUUGAGAAAUUGUAUUGAUUUAGAAAAGGAUCAUU